AUGGUGAAGACCAGAGGAGGCCUUUCCGCCUCCCCAUCCUCACCGACCCCUCGACCACAGCGAGUCGCCAUGGGAGCCGCACCUUCACCUCCUGUUCAGGCCCCGGCCAUUCCCCCAUCUGAGGGGGAAGUUCCUUCUCAGCGCCGAUACCCCACCCGGAGGCCACCCACGGAACCUGUGCCACCAGCCGAGCAAGCCGCGAGCUCUGUUUCUCGGCCCCCUGCGAAGAUGACCAGGUUCUCGGGUCCUGGAGAGCCAUCCCACGCACCUCAGCCAGAGCCAGCUACAGAGGAACCUCGGAUUCCAGUGGACAUGCCUCCCGAGGCCAUUAUCAGGCGUCCCAUGAUAGCUGGACCGCCGAUUGAGGGUCUCCGCAAUCCUACCCUCAUCCAGUUUACUAUAGACGGACGUCAGGGUGCCAUUGGAGCUCGUCACAUUGCUGAGGCCCUCCAUAUACCUUAUGAGCCCGUGUUUCAGGCAGAUUUCAGGGAGUGGUCUGCACCAUCCGAGCCUCUAGUGCCAGAUGAGGAGAGCUUACCAGUUGAGCAGCCCAUACCAGAGGAGCAGAUCAGAGCAGAGCCAUCACAUGAUCCCACUACUAUCUGA